GUAGUUGUUGAAGGUUUGGCUUUGCUGGACUUGGGAGUCUCACCGUAUUCUGGAGAUGUUUUCCAUGAGACUCCUCUCAUCAUCUACCUCUUUCACUUCCUGGUGGACUACGCAGAGAUAACGUUCAUGCUGGCGGAUGUGAUCACUGCUGUGUGUCUCUACAUGGCUGUGAAGGACUACAACAAACAAGUGUUCAGGAAACAGAAAUACGCUCUGGAGGCCGACCGCUACCCGCUGGAUUGUCUGGAGCUCAUCAGGAGCCCCAAAGAGAUGUACUACAUCCCUCUGAAGGUGGCCAUGUUCUACCUGUUGAACCCGUUCACCAUCCUCUCCUGCGUCGCCAAGUCCACCUGCGGUCUGAACAACGCUGUCAUCUCGCUCUUCAUCCUCUUCACCAUCAAAGGAAACGUUUUGCUGAGCGCCAUCUUUCUGUCUUUGGCCACCUAUCAGUCCAUCUACCCUCUGACUCUGAGCGCUGCAGCGCUGCUCUACCUCAUGCAG